GACAUAAUUUAUUUACUUUACGUCUAUAUGAAAUCACCGUGCUGUUGUGUUUGUUUGUUUUUUUAUUUUAUUUUCGUGUCUUUUCGUGCAAGUAUAAUAAGUAAAUGAAUAAUCAAGUCAAUUGCGCUUAGUGUAGCAGUUUGUUUGUAUUUGUAUGCACAAAAACAGUAACACAGCACGACAUUUCGGCUGAAAAAAACUUGGAUACUGAGCAGAGACAGUAAGGAAGUAUGUGCAACGUGGAUACCGACUACCCCGUAAAACCUCAACGAAGAAGAAAAAGUAGCCGUCGCAUGGAUGACGUAAUUCUUCUGUGACAAACAGCCUUGACUUGUUUACAAAAGCUUUGGCCAAGAAGGGCUUUGUGAAAAUGACGGACCAGAAAGCAAAGAACGUUAGCUCCAUCCCCAUCGAUGAGUUCAGUAAUUUAAGAAUCACAUCCAUAUGGACGUUUCUCAUGUCUGUGCAGUGGUCGGAGCCAUGGCUGAUCGGACUCUUGGUGUUUCAUGUUGUGUGUGUGUUUCUGACCGUGGUUACGUGCAGGUACUACAGAGCUCAGAUUUGUCACUUCCUGCUCAUGGUUGGCCUGGUGUACAGUGCUGAAUAUUUAAAUGAGCUUGCAGCCAUGAACUGGAGGUCCUUUUCGAAUUUCCAGUACUUUGAUUCCAAGGGCAUGUUCAUAUCUUUGGUGUACUCUAUUCCUCUCCUGCUGAAUACAGUUAUAAUUGUGGUGGUGUGGGUGUACAGGACAUUUUCCACUAUGACAGAGCUGAAGACACUACAGCUCAAGCAAAAGGCCCGCAGAGCAAAGAGAGAGAAGAAUGACUGAUUCCUCUGCCAAAAUGGGCUCCAUUGGGAGGCAUUAAGAAUCAGUGUAUCGGCCUUGCUAAUCCUGAAUUUUGGAGGAAGAAGGUAGAUUUCUUCUUAUGACCAUAAAUGGAUUGUUCGUUGAUGUCUGUUAUGACUGGGUGUUUCUGGUGAAGACUUUGAAAAUUGAAAAGAUGAUGGAAAAAUACUUUUCAUCAUGAUAUAAACGGACCAAAGGAAAUUUACUGUUUUUUAAAUUUAAUGUUGUUUUAAAAAUGUUGAGAAAACAUGUUUUUAAAUUACUUUCAUGAUUUCAGCAGCUCUCAAGGUAGAUGUAAGAUACCAGAAGGGUGUUAUAUGGAUCAUGGAAAAGGGAAGAAAUAAUUACUUUGUUAUCAUGCUGUCAUUAUUGGUUAUGUAAUGAGAACUACAGGUUAGGCCAAAAUCCAUGAUUGGUCUAUCUGUUAACUAAGGUGACGGAAGAGUUUAUUGAAAAAACUGCCUCGGCAUUUGUUUUGCAUUUUGUUGGAAAGCCAUGACAUAUAGUUUAUUAAAUAAAUCCUCAACAGGC